AUGGCCCAGAGCUAUCGCGAUGAUCCCUCAGCUCUGGCAAUCUCCCGCCGCGUGUCCGUCGAAGACUUUGAACUACUCAAAGUCAUUGGCCAGGGUGGCUUUGGCAAGGUCUUUCAAGUGCGCAAGCGCAGUGGCAAAGGCAAAGCCGAAAUCUUUGCCAUGAAGGUCCUCAAGAAGGCCACCAUUGUUCGCAGCACCAAGGACAUUACCCACACUCGUGCCGAGCGUAACAUCCUCCAGCUGGUCCGAUCACCAUUCAUCGUGGACCUCAAGUACGCCUUUCAAACCAAUGGCAAGCUCUACCUCAUCAUGGACUACCUCAGUGGUGGCGAGCUCUUUACCUACCUCGACAAAGAGGGCAUGUUUCUGGAAAAACAGGCGCGUUUCUACGCCGCUGAGCUGGUUUUGGCCAUUGAGCACCUGCAUGGCCUUGGCAUUAUCUACCGCGACCUCAAGCCUGAGAACAUCAUGCUGGACUCCUCGGGCCACGUGGUGCUCACAGACUUUGGCCUCUGCAAGGAAAAGGUCGAGGACGAUAGCACGCGAGCCAUGACUUUUGCUGGCACCAUCGACUACAUGGCCCCGGAGAUUAUUAGUCGUGAAGGACACAACAAGGCUGUCGAUUGGUGGUCCCUUGGAGCGCUGACCUUUGACAUGCUCACCGGACAGCCUCCGUUCUCAGCUGGAAACCGCAAGAAAACUAUGGAUCGCAUCUUGCGUGCCAAGCCCAACUUCCCCCCCUUUAUCACGCCUUACGCCAAGGAUAUUUUGCGCAAGCUACUCAAGCGCAAGCCAUCUGAACGAUUGUCCUCUGCCGCUGAGAUCAAGGCCCAUCGCUUUUUCCGGGACGUCGACUGGCAAGUGGCCCUGGAUCGUCGGUUGGAACCACCUUUUAUUCCUUCAGUGAACACGGCCUUGGACACGAGCAACUUUGAUCCACAGUUUACCGAUCUGCCACCUUCGGACUCGCCGGUUGAUCCGCUGACGCCCAGCGCCGCCAAUCUCUUUGAAGGCUUUACCUAC